UAAUCAUAAUCUUUGCUACUGUUUUCUUCCUCAAUAAAUUGCAGACGACGAUGUGAUUUAUUGAUUGAAAUUAAAUGGGGAUGGUAACAUGGUAACAAUGUUUCAUACAAUUUCAUAUUGAUGCACGAGUCCGAGAUAUAUGGUGAAAAUAUCAAAUUUAAAGAUUGAAAAUGGUUAUUUUAUGAAAGUCUGGAAAUGAAGGUGAUGGGGAUGCUCCUGGUGGAAAAUACGGUCUUGAGAAGCUUCCAGAAGAGAAACUAAAGGACUGUUCAACUUGUUCAGGGAAAAAGAAUUUUGAGGGUAAACGAAAAUGUUCAAGCACAAUUUUUAUGAACUGCAAAGUAGGCUUGCAACCUCAGUGUUAUCUCACACAUACUUGCCAGUAACAAGUAGACUUGUGUCCAUUGUAAAUAGUUAUUAUUAUUUUUAUAUAAACACAUUGUACAAAAUUUUAUAGUGCCUAAUAUUUUAUAGAAUAAGUUGUGUGCAAAUAAAAGGACUUUUGAUAGCCAAAUUAUCUCACAACUUCUAGGAAAACAUCCAGAUGUGUUUCAAUAAAAACAUUUCUCUUUUAGUUCAAUAAAGUAUUUAUUUUAAUGUUUAUGUCAAUUGUUGUAUGAAUAAAACUGUACCAAAAAGUCGUUUAAACCUAAAAAAAUAAUACAAUUAGUACAACAUGAACAGUUUAUACAUUUUUUGGCUUUACUGAGUUUUAUGUAAUUAUUUUAGAAGAAAGUGUUUAAUUUUUUAUGCUUCUCAAUGUUGCCGCUCCCAUCGCUAAAAAUGAUUUUCUAGACAAAUAAAUCUAUUUACAAAAUAUAGUGUUAUUUGUACACUAUCUAUUUAAAGACAUAAUCACAAAACUUUAUAACACUAAUUGAUAACAUACACUUACACAAGAUAAUUAUACUCAAUCACACAACACUUAUUAACACUCUACACAAACUUGACUAGGCUAAACUGCAUGAAAAUGGCUAGGGCAAACUCUUCCGUUGUCUUAGAGUGAGAGAGACAGAUUUCUGUUUAGGAAAUUUGCCUGUAGUGACAACCUGUAGCAUGAAAUAUUAUUGUAACUAAUAGUACAUUUCUUCUGCUACAGCAACAUAUCUUUUUCUGUGUAUGUGCAAUAAAAAACUGCUAAAAUAAAUGUUUUUCAAAGAUGUCUUUCUCACUUUCUAAAUUACCUCUUGUGAGGGUUUAUAGAAACAUAUUUGGUAAAUUAAGUGGAUCACAAAAUAAAACGGCGGACAUAAUGGAAAAAGGAUUAUUUCUACUAGAAGUUACACAAUUUCCAGUUCCUGUUUAAUAUCAUGUGGGCGAUUAACUGUGAUUAGUUAAAAUGAGGUGUUUUGUGGUUUCCGCUGUAUAGAUUGAUGCUUUAAUAAAAGUUAAGAAAAUGAAUUACUACGGUCAUUAUGGUACCAGUAUCAUCAUGAUAUCUUGUAAACUAACAAUUUAUCAAAUAAUUUGUUUAUAGACGUCCCAGACGUGAGUUGCAGCAUAGCAAUAACGAUCCAAAGACGUCACAGACAUAUUCUCCAUAGUCCUAGGGUUAAAAUUGGAACUACUUUUCUCAUACAGAAUAAUAUUUCCUUGUUCUACAUAUGUGUGCAUUGUGAGAUCUUAUUGUCUCCAUGAAUCAACUUCAUAUCGGUUGCUGCUGAUAUCAGCCAUUGCGCCAUCUUGCGAUAAGUAAAAAAAACUAUACUGAUAUAAGGGGUACUUUGACUCAAAUAAACAUUUAUGUUAAUUUAGACCUGAGAACAAAAGUCCAUAUCGGGCUAAUACAAGUGAUAAGCAUUGAUGGUGACGAAUUAUUAACAUCCCUUGAAGUAGUACCUAUCACUCUUUUAGGUUCAAAUUUAAAGGGUCUGAAUGUGAAUACUUCUGGUCAUUACUGCAAGUUAGGAAACGCAACUUUACAAAGUUAACAAAUAUCGUUGAUUCGCUUAACCAUAACUUCUUAUUGUCUAUCUUGCAUGAAACGUAGUUCUACUUUUUAUGUUCUACAACUUCAAUAUUUGUAUUUUCAUCCCCUUGAACCUUGUAUUGUUUUGUUCAGGAGGAUAAUUGCAAUAGGUUAAUCAUGCAACUUUUGUUAUUAGUGAGGAUAAAAAUAAAUUUGAAAAUAAUGCAAACAAUUUAACCAAACUUUCUUAAAACAAAUAAAUAAUGUGAAAAAAAACAAACUUUAAUUUAAUAAAUGAGAAAAACUAACAUAACCAUAACUUUAUAAUUUUGUAUUACUUGUUACCUACUUACAAACCACGUGGUAACUUCCUAUCACAUCAAAAUAUCUCCUGACUUAAAAAUAAUAACAACACACGAUUACAUGACAAACUCAUACUUUCACUCUGAAAAACACAAUGACCAAUUUUAAAAUAUGAAUAAAUUAAUUUCUUAAUGUUUGAUCUACUUUUGUAAUCCACACUUUACACAUACACAAUUUUCCAAACUGAAUAAUGAUAUUAGAGUUGAGCCGUGGUAGUUGGGUAAUGGACUCCAUGGUUGUCCACCAGGCAUUGAAGGCUACAUGUGGGGGGGGGGGGGGGUUGUUAGUUGCUGUGCUAUACUAAGCUGUUUUGACCAAGAUAAGCUAUUGGAUUGAGAUAAAACUGGAAAACAUUGAUAACAAUAUACAAAUAUAAGCACAAAAUGACAUUUCCAUUCCCAAUAUUAAAAUGCAUAGUUACAUUAUUUGUGAUUUGCACUCCUUAAAACCUCUUAGUUGUGUUCAGGAAGACAUGUAGAGUACGUUAAUAAUGUUUAAAUUAUGAUUGGCAACCCCGGGCGCUAACUUUAAUGAUACCCAAUAUUUGUUUGCCUAUACUGUAUCCAUAUAAAAUCAAUGGUUAAACACAUCUAUAGUUAUCUUUUAUCAGAUAAGCCGGCAACCACGGGCGCUAACUUUAAUGAUACCCAAUAUUUGUUUGCCUAUACUGUAUCCAUAUAAAAUCAAUGGUUAAAUACAUUUAUAGUUAUCUUUUAUCAGAUAAGCCGGCAACCACGGGCGCUAACUUUAAUGAUACCCAAUAUUUGUUUGCCUAUACUGUAUCCAUAUAAAAUCAAUGGUUAAACACAUCUAUAGUUAUCUUUUAUCAAUAAGCCGGCAACCACGGGCGCUAACUUUAAUGAUACCCAAUAUUUGUUUGCCUAUACUGUAUCCAUAUAAAAUCAAUGGUUAAACACAUCUAUAGUUAUCUUUUAUCAGAUAAGCCGUUAAAUCCAUUAAAAUACUGUUAAACUCUUUUAGGAUUGGCCUUUGGUUAUAUUUUGGGAAAAUUAGAAUAGUGUUAAGGACCAGUAGUAUUGUGAAAAGUAUGCUUUUUUGCUUCGGCAUAUUGCUGGUUCAGUAUUUUUAGCCUUCCAUUGCCGUAUUAAGAAGUAGUCUAUUGAGGAUUGAAUUUUAUAAUCAAAUUUACCAUUUACAACAGCUACACAGAUCCAAUAUAUUCUCUGCUUGCAUUCAAAAUAUUCAUAAAAAGAUAUCAAACAACGGUAGUAUUUAUGCUAUCAAAAAAAUGAAAUGGAAAAUGCCUUUUUUUAAAUAGACAGAGUUAAGCACUGAUAUAGUAUACAUAUUGUAACUUUGUAAAUUUUAAUGUAGGGUAUCUAUAGAAGAGUAAUGUAUUACAUAUAGUUAAUCCUAGACAUCUAAACAACACUAAAGAGCAGUUCACUUUGGUAAACCUCAGUCUUUGGGGGGUUAGCUUCUUUCCAAUGAUUAAUUUUUUUUAAUGUAGCAGAUAAGGGCCUAUGUCCUAAAUAUAUAACAUACAUUUCACCCCAACUCCCUCCCUUUGGAGAAUACUAUGACUUUGUUGAAUUGUUUGAUUUUUACAAAAUGUGUUCUAACUAAUGUUUCAAUGUAUAUUUUCUUGAAAUUCAACUAAUUAUUUAUCUCCCCAAACUUAUUUUGUGGUGCUUGAAACCCCUACCAAACAACAUCACGGCAAGGGAUGUACAAGGAUGGUUCAAUACAGACUUUUAAUGAUCUCUUCCAUGUUUACAUAUUUAAAUUUAACUAGUACAAGUACUUAUACCCCCACACCCCAUGAGGUAAUAAAAACUAUGCCGAAAAUAGUGUUAGCUAGUUGUCACUAUUAUUUUAUAAAUAAGUUAUUAGUUUUGUUACUAACAAACGCAAGUAUAUAUCUAUGGCUCAUAAAUAGCAAAAACAAUUGGAAUAUGAAGUACACUACAAAAGUAUAAAUAAAAAGUAAACCCCAGGUUUUGGGGUUUCAUAGAAAUUUGCUUAAUUAAAAAAAUGUUUUAUGUUGUAAAUAUUUUUAGUUAUUAUAAAUAGGUUAACUUUAUUUUAUUUUGUAAACAGCAUUCUAUCUAUAUUGGGCUUCUAAUUAUGAUCUUUUAUGCUCUUAUAUGCAGUUGUAUGGCAUAUCCCCAAAGUGAUGGUAUCUAAUUUCGGGAAAAAAGUGUUUGGCCCUGUUUCCAAAAAAAGUCAAGUAUAGAUGAUCUUAGCUUGUAGUAUUGGAGCAGUCAUUUAUCUUUAAACCUUGAGGGGUGUUAUGGCACUGUUUUGAAUCCAGCGGCCUUUACAAUAGAUCCAUAGAUAGUUAAAUUACAGGUUUCAUCUUAUACUAUUCAGUGAUUUAAAGUAUAAUUAUAAAUAUAUAUAUAUUUAACUAUUAGUAUUAAUUAUUUUAUCACAAGAUACAUACAUAAAACGUUUAUUGAAGUAAAUUCUGGCUCAGCUGCUGCGUGAUUACUAAUACAUUACAUUUGUUUAGGAUUACCUUAAAGCUGCUGUUGUAGAAUAUUAUUAUAAUUUAUAAUUACUAGUGCUUGUAUUCUCGCAAAAUGCCAAGAUUAAAUCUUAAGAACAUCCUUAAGUCAAGCUGUGUUUCUUUGGUGGAUGGACGGUUUGGUAAAACAUCAUAUUUCAAUUUGGCUGAGGUUAAGAUCUGGGCCAUACGCCACACUCUCAUCUGUCUUCUAUGCUGCACUUUAGAUCAAUGCAUUUUUAUUGAAAUAAAUCUAAAAGUGCAGUUGUAUCUUCAUCUAACCAUGGGAAGUCUUCAGGUCAGGUUUAAUAAUAAAUACACAGUUGUAUUUCAAUGUAGAUACAUAAAUUUAAUUGUUAUAGUUAUAGACAGAGUUGGUGUUAAGUUUUUGAAGUGUGGUGAUGUGACAGAAUAUAUAUUAUGUUACAAUGAGCAUAAGCUUAGUCUUGCUAAGUUAUAAUUAAGACACACACCUUUAUAAUAAUGUUGUGCUUUGUGUUUUAUUUUCAGAUGUAAUAUGAGGAUACAAUUGGCUUGUGUGCAGUGCUGUGAAAGUUAAUUUUUAUAUACUCAGGAAAUAAGAAUUUAAUUACAAAAAGAUAGUGAAAUAUCAGUUACCAGCAAGAAUAGUAGAUAUAGCUAGUCAAUAAUCCAGUAUUUGUAUUCAUUUAUUGCAUCUUAAAUGUAAAUUAGAACAUUAGUAUUAAAAGUAAUGUACUGCCAAUAUAAAAAUGAUAUAGACCCACUUAACAAAAGCUUGAAACAAAUAUCUUGUUACUAAUACAAAGAAAGAAACAUAUAAUAGAUAAAGUUUGAACAAAAACUUUGGUAGUAAGUAGGUUUAAUAAGGUAGAAAAUAAUAAGGUAAACCAGAAAGGUAAAAUGUAUUUAUCUGCAGAUAAAUAUAUUAGAAAGCAAUUUUUAAAAUAUACUUAAUAACACAAAUCUUUAAAAUGUGUUCUCUGAUAGAUACACUAUGAAUACACAAAUGAAACAAUUUUGUUCACAAAUGUUAAGCCACACCACUAAUAAACCUUAUAAGUGUGGCUUUUGCAGAUUUGAGAGUAGUAAGAGUGGAAAUUUGAAACAACACAUGUUAAUCCACACAGGUGAAAAACCUUUUAAAUGUACCCUUUGCAGCUAUGAGUGCACUAGAAGUGGACAUUUGAAGAUACACAUGUUAACCCACAAAGGGGAUAAACCUUAUAAGUGCACAAUGUGUAAUUAUGCGUGUAUCACAAGCGGACAUUUGAAGAAACACAUGUUAAUACACACGGGUGAGAAACCUUACAAGUGUACCCUUUGUAGCUUUGAGUGUGCUAGAAUUGGAAGUUUGAAUAUACAUAUAUUAAAACACAAAGGCGAGAAACCUUAUAGUUGUACACUUUGCAGCUAUGCAGGUAAUACGAGAGGAAAUCUUAAAGGACACAUGUUAACUCAUAUAGAUGACAAACCUCAUAAAUGUAUCUUUUGCAACUAUGAAUGUAAUAAAGUUGGAAAUUUGAAGAAACAUAUGUUAACACACACAGGUGAAAAACCGUUUAAAUGUUCCUUAUGCAGCUAUGUUUGUACUGUGAGUGGAAACUUAGAAAGACAUCUUCUAACUCACACUGGUGAGAAACCUUAUAAAUGCUCCCUUUGUAGUUAUGAAUGUAAUCAAGCAGGCAGUUUAAAGAAACAUAUGUUUACUCACUCAGGUGAAAAACCAUACAAGUGUUCCCUUUGCAGCUAUGAGUGUUCUCAAAGUGGAAGUUUGAAAGAGCAUAUUUUUAAUCACACAGGUGAUAAGCCUUUUAAAUGUUUGCACUGCAGCUACUCAUGUAGCAAAAAUGGAAAUUUAAAGACCCACAUGUUGACCCACACAGGUGAGAAACCUUAUAAGUGUACCCUUUGCAAUUGUGCAUUUACUAAAAAUAGAAAUUUAAAGAAACAUAUGUUGACACACAAUGAUGAAAAACCAUUAUGAAUGCAUCAUGUGUAGCUGUUUCACAAAUUUGGGUUUGAUCGUUUGGUCGUGCCAAAACCCACUAUAACCCUUUACUUAGCAUCUAUUCACUUCAUCCUGUCCAUGUCUACUUGAAUUAGCCUGACUUGGUCACUAUAUAUUGCCAAUAUACAUAUAUUGUGUAUAUUGGCUUGAAAAAUGUUCAAAAUUAUAAAAUCUAAUUGAUUACAAAAAUGGGUUUUAGAGAUUCAUACAAGAAUGGUUUAUAGAAUUCAAUAAAUAUAGAAAGUAAAGAGUUAAGUAACCGUCUUGCUGCUAUACAUGUAUGCGUAGUUGCAUGACCCAGGUUGUGUAAGAAAGGACUAUGUAGUGUUAACAUCAGAUAAAGUGGAAAGUUCAUUCAUGUGUUGUAAUUUAGUUUGAAGAUACAGUCAUGGGAUGAAUAGUUUUACUCUUAAACACAAAAAUACUGUUAAAAUAUUUUUACAAUUACAAAGUUUGUGUUACAUAAAAAAUAUGAUAAUAUAAAAAGGCAACUUUAUCCCUAAAUUAAAUUUUAUACCUAACGAAGUGUACAAAUAAAUAAAUCAUACAAUAAUUCUAUCCUACAUGGCAUGACAUUUUAGAAAUAUAAUUAAUAUGGCUUCAAAAGUAUUUUUAUAAAUAUUUAAUAUUAAUUCUUCUAUAUAUGAAUGAUUUUCAAAGGAGUAUUAGUAACAGGAAUGUAAUUAUUUUUGCGGAUGACGGAAAUUUAUCUGAGAAAAUCCCACUGAUUUUGGAGAGAUCCGCAAAUGAGACUUUUCAAAAAGCAUGUUUGCUUUCACGCAAUAGGCUUGAAAUAAUAAUAACACUUUGAAAUAUAAACUGAUUUAUUUGUUCACAAAAAGAACUGGAAACAAAAUUCAAGUCCGUGGGGCAAGGGAGGUUGUAGCGAGUAGAGAUGCCAGAUCCUUGGGUGUGGCUAGAUGAAACUCUUAACUGGAAAAGUCAUAUCCAGAGCUUUCAAGCAAAACAGAGCUUAACAAGCUAUGGAUUGAGAGUAACCUACCCUGUCACCACACAAAAGUUACUGAUUUCUGAAUGUUAUAGUUAUAUUUAUUGGCAUCUGAUAUAUGGAUUGGUCUUUUGGUGUAAUUCCUAUGACUCUUGAAAAAUGUUCAAAAUUAUAAAAUCUAAUUGAUUACAAAAAUGGGUUUUAGAGAUUCAUACAAGAAUGGUUUAUAGAAUUCAAUAAAAUCACUCCUUGUAUUUACAUAUUGGAAAUAAUAUUACUGUGUAGGAGCAGGGGGAGUUGGAUGGGCCAGUGCAUAGGUAUUCACUAAGAAAUUCCUCCUUGCAGAACCUUGUACAUCAUCUUAACGUAUUUUAGAGGGAACUGAGACUGUACAACCAUUUGCCAAGACAAUUAAUUAAAGAAGUAAAAACUUUAUUAGAUUCAAAAAUCUUUUAAAGGACCACCUGAUGGAGCACACACUUUACUCUGAUAGUGAGAGCGCUAAGUAAAACUCUGUAACAGUACCUGAUUAUUUUUAUGAUAUUUUAGCAUUUUAUAUUUGAAAAAGUGUAUAUUAGAUUUUUAUUACUUGUGUUUGUUCUGUACUGAAAGGGCGUUUAUUAAUGACUGGAUGACGAAUCAAAUGUUUACUUUAGCGAAAAAUCAUUGUAAACCAGUUUAUGAUGAAUGUAUUUCAUAAAUAUAUGAAAUAUUGCAAAUGUA